UUGACAUUCACGUUGCAGCUGUCACCUGCUACACUAGAAACGUUUUGCUCUACCGAUUUUGUGUGAUGACAUAAGUUCAAGAACCGCUAGUAUUAUUGUGUACUGUGCAGUUAAGUGUAUUUUUACAAUGAGUGAUAAGAAAAGUGAAGCUUCUCUGCACCAAGACUGCGAUGUAAUAGAAAAUACCAGGAAACGGUUUUGUACGGAGAAUGCGAAUCGUAGAAGUUGGAGUUUACUUGAGCGGUCAACCGAUCAAGAGGUGUUGCAAGAAAUGGGAGUCAGCCUUCUAGAGUCUGAUGAGGAAGCCUCAUGUGGACCUAGUUCGUCAGGACUUGCUCAAAAAUCAACAAAAAAUCGCCAGGACAUAGAGAAUGUGAAUCCUAACGUGAAUUCCGUGACGUCGCCGCGCUCUAGGUACAGUCCUAGGAGCCCUAAGCGCAGAGCUAGCCCUCACGCUGGACCUUCAAGGGUUAAGAGUCCUCGCAGUACUGAAAAAUUGAAACCGCUCCAGGAGUCGGAACAGCAGAUCUUGGAGACCAGUCUAGUUGAUGACUUCCUCAUCGAAGAGGAGACUCCACAGGCUCAGUCAGUUAGCGCUGGGUAUAUACCCACUGCUGGGGCCACUUACAGUGCUGGUAGUGACAGCAGUGGGGGGCGGCAGAGUUGCACGCCGCUAGGCAUAGAAGACGAUGCGAUACUGGUACGGCGCCACAAGUCGGAGGCUGCGGACGGGGAGGUGGACUCGUUCAAGCUGCUCUCCGAUGAGAUGAUGCUCAGCAUCUUCAACUGGCUGCCGAAGCGCACCCUCGCUCAUUGUAUGGUGGUUUGUAAGAGGUGGUACAGAGUAGCUUGUGAUGAAACGCUCUGGGUCCGAAUGGACCUGGGCAAUAAGACAAUCGCCAAAGAUGCACUAGGCAGAAUACUAGAUAGGAAACCUGUUAUACUACGAUUGGCGAGCUCUGAGAUAGGCGACUGGACGCCCACCGUCCAGCUGCCCGCGUCCCGGCUCCAGUACCUCGACCUGAGCAUGGCCACUAUCACCACCAAGACUUUAGACACACUGCUCCAAUGCUGCCCCAAUCUCAAGAAAGUCAGCCUCGAGAGUCUACCGAUUGAGGAUACCACUCUCAGUAUUAUUGGUCAAUGCACAAAUCUAGAAACGUUGAACCUAACUAUGGCCUUUGGGCUGAAAACUGAAGGAUUUAACGCAUUAUUUGAAGGAUGCCCCAAUUUGCUAGCUCUGAACCUGGGCUGGUGUGGUAUCAGUGAAGAGUCUCUUAAUGUACUGGUAGAGAAAGCACCAGAACGCUUGCAGCGACUCAACCUAGGAGGUGUAAGGACUCUCACUGAUAGUUUGCUAGCCAAACUAGUGGACCGCUGUCCCCGUCUCCUGGAGCUGGAUGUGUCAGACUGCGGCCAGCUGACGGUGAACAGCAUCGGCUCGUUCCUCAAGCUGCAGCGCUUGGAGCACCUAGCUGUUAAUAGGUGCUACUCCAUACCCGUCACGUCGCUAACCCAAUUAUCAAGAAUGCCUCAUCUCCAGUACUUAGACGUAUGGGGAUUACUCCAGAGUCAUUGUCUAUCAUCGUUCCGGGCAUCAAUCCCCCAUAUCACGGUCAACGCCUUCAUGUUCAGCCACGGUCGUCCCACUGCAGCGCAAAGGUAUCCAUACCCUCCUUCGAAUGGUCUAUGUGCAGAACUUUAUGCGACCGACCCUUUUCAUAGGUGUCGAGUACAUCCCACACGACCCUUCUGGGAAAUACUUAGAAGAGAACUCUAUAUAAGUGUGGAAGAGCCAUGCUUCGGCACUGCUGGGCCGGCUUGACCGGAGUGAUACCACGGCAUCACAAAAAACCGACGUGAAACAACGCUUGCGUUGUGUGAGUGAGGUUACCGGAGGCCCAAUUUCUCCCUUACCAAUCUUCCCCAUCCCCGAUUUCCCAACAACAACCCUUAAAUUCCUCACUCCCAAAAAGCCGGUAACGCACUUGUAACGCCUCUGGUGUUUCAAGUGUUCAUGGGCGGCGGCGAUUACUUACCAUCAGGUAAUACGUC